AUGCUGUCCUCCUUCCUACGUCCUGCCCGUGGCAGGCGGCGUCAUGAUCGCUCCCCAUUCUCUUCUUCACACGUCCCUACGACAGGAUCCCCCGAUGCCUCCCGCAACAACAACACACAACGCAAUCGAUGGCGGGUAAUUCCUUAUGAAAUCGAAGGUGAUAAUAUCAUUCGAGAAGAUGGCCAGGAGCCCGGUGACGACGAAGAAGAGGAGGAAGAGGAAGAGGAAGUUUCAGGUCUCGAAGAUCUCGAUGAUGAAGAUGAAGAUGACAACCACGACGAAUAUGAAGAAGACGAGCCUGACGAUACCGCUCCGCUUCUUCCCAUUUUCUCAACCGCUCAUCUUGAUGCAAUACCCGUAUUUACCCUUACCCACGCCAUUCGGAUCUUGGUGAGCUCUCGUUGUGACACGGUUUUGUCCUGGGAGCAGCUCCGCUCUCCCCAGGUCUCUCAAUUUCUUCUCAAACCCGUCGAGCAAGAGAUCCGGAGUCACCACUUGAAUGCUGCCACCGAGUAUGCCCUCAUGGCCAACUGCCUCCAGUACGGCAAAGAAGCCGCAAUGUCGUCUGGGAAUAGCGGUACCAACAGAACCCGUGCAAUGAUGUGCGAGCUACUUGCCAUCAAACUCCUCAAAGACUACUCCACCAGGGAAUUGAUUGAUGCACUAUCUUACGACUUUGAUCCUCUCCAAGGUCAGGUCGAUGCUCCUCCUUCUGGGGACGACGGGCGACGAGGCACAGAAGGAUCGAGAAAGCCCGUUCAACGACCAGCAAGGAUAUCCUGCUUUGAAAUCGCCAUUCGAGCGCAGUCCAAACGAUUUCUUUCUCAUCCCGUGGUCGUCAAGCAAUUAGAGGCCAUUUGGGCUGGCACAAUUGUGUUUCACUCUGCCGCCGAUAAUUUGCAUCGCAAAUUUCCUCCCCCGAGACAACUGAAAAAUUAUAACACAAAUGAGGGUGCUUCGACAGCUAAAGCUGGAUCCACUGACCACGAUCCUCAGCUUCCCCGUCGGGCUGUGACGCUGUACAACCCUCGUGACGCCUCCCUUUUCAAACUAUCCCGUCUGAGAGUCCCUCGGUAUCGGAACAUUCUGUCCACGAUAUCGUUCGCCAUUCUUCUCAGCCUCUUUGUUGCGGUCCUGGUUCAACGCUCCUUGGAGAUUACGACCCUCGAAGUGGUCUUCUGGUUCUGGGCGGCCGGUUUCAUGCUUGACGAAAUCGUAGGAUUCAAUGAACAGGGAUUCAGUCUGUAUCUCGCAAGUUUCUGGAACACCUUCGACCUCGGGAUCCUCUUCAUUUUAUUCGUCCACUUAGCUUUACGAAUUUAUGGCAUCAUCAUGCCUGAUAUAAGGAAGCAUAGAGUGGCGAAUAUGGCCUACGAUGUUCUUGCUGCCGACGCUAUUCUCCUGUUCCCUCGAUUGUUUUCCGUCCUCGAUCACUAUCGUUAUUUCUCACCUCUCCUCAUCGCAUUCCGAUAUAUGGCCGCAGACCUCGUUGCAGUGUCCUUACUGAUUCUCAUCAGCUGCAGCGGCUUUUUUGUUGCACUCACACUCUCAUUUGGCGACGAAGGGGUCGAUACACCAGGUUCGGUGGCAUACGCUUUACUACAAAUGGUUAUGGGCUUCACGCCGGCCGCCUGGGAUAGGUGGGACAGUUAUAACAUACUUGGGAAAACCAUCUUGACCUUGUUCUUGUUCAUCUGUCACUUCCUUGUGGUCACGAUCUUGAUCACUGUUUUGACAAACUCCUUCAUGGCUGUCGUCCAAAACGCAAAUGACGAGCAUCAAUUCCUGUUUGCGGUCAACACCAUCUCCCACGUCAAGUCCGAUGCCCUUUUUUCGUACGUGGCGCCAACCAAUGUUCUCCAGUGGGCAUUGGUACCUCUGAGAUAUGUCGUCCCAUUCCGACAGUAUGUCAAAAUUAACCGGACCAUGAUCAAGAUCACCCACUUUCCGGUACUAUUUUCGAUCUUCCUGUACGAGAAGACGAUUCUGCAGUCUACCAUGUUUGAGAGCAUUGACCUUGUCGAGCGUCGAGGCCGAUUGAAAAGAACGACCGCUGCGAAGCUUACUCGUCUCCGCCAGGCACCUUCAAUUGCUACCUUUAGGCAGGACAAGGCCUUGGAAGAAGUAUUUAGACAUCCGUACGGCAGCACAAUGCGUAGUGCUCAGCAACGUCGCGAUCGUCGAAAGGCAAGCAAUGUCGUAAACACUUGGAUCAAGGGUAUGGGUGACGAUAUCGCAAGCCCUCCACCAGAGCAAGACCGACAAGUGGUGGACGGGCUAGAAGCGCGCGGAACAGCUUCUAGACUAUUGCGCCCUUACAGUCGAGUUCGGACAUUUUCACGACGGACCAUGUCUAUUGCAUCAGAUCCGGAGGAAUUUGCAACGAAUGCAGAUUUCUUAUCUCCUAACGAGCUACGCCCAGUCCCCGACGACCUGACCCCAUCAGCAAUGGAGGAACCAUUGCACAACACGGAUGCGGACGGCGAUGAUGAGUUGCGAACAAACGAAGAAAGGGAUGAAGAGGAGGCAACGACGUUCGGGCAUCACUCACCAAGUAAUGUUGACGAAGAAGAAGUCCGAGCACCUCGUGUUCUGGUGCCUCGUGAACAUUUCUCGAAUCGUCAGCCACCCAGAAGCCAUGCUCCAGAAUCAGCAGACCAUCUUAUGUUGAUUGGUCAGACACGACGCGAAGUUCCCAGUCCAGGUGCAAAAUCGUCCUCCCGCUUAUCGCCCAAGAAUCGACCCCGUCAACAUUCACGCAACGUUUCAUCUGCGACUAUGGUUUUCAAGCCAAUGACGGAUUCCAGCACGGACCAGUCUUCCUCGCACGAAGGGGCGUUAACUCCCCCCGGCAAGAUACAGGGUUCCGCACCCGACUCAGGGGCUCGCACACCCGUGUCGAAGCCUGUAUCAAGUGCUGCCGGGCAUCGAACGCCAAAACGGACGGCAGCGGCAGCGGCACCAACGCGAAUGCGGCCGAUCCUUCCUGGCAAAGACGACCCAGCAUUCCAGUCUGCUCCCAAUUUAGCAGGUCUGGUAGAAGUGAAAAGCCGACCAACUCAGCCACGACGUCGGCCGUCUCUUGAAAUGGACUUGGUGUCAGACAUUGGCGACAACAGAGCGAUCGGUGGCGGCUACGUCGGCGCCCUACCGGCAUCCUUCGCCGCUAAAAUUACAAGGGGGUUAGGUGGGUCACGGCAGGCUAAAGAACAAAAGGAGGAGCAGGAAAUGUUUGCCAAGAUCUUGAUGGCUCGCAUGAAUACUCUCGAAGAAGGCUUCCGAGAGGUGAUCCACGAAAUGAGGGAGAGCAUGAGACAUGACGAAGGUAGGAGCAAGAGCCGAGGAAGGGUAGGGAGACCUGGAGUCAGAGAAAAGCGGGCGAAGGAGAAAGAGACUGGUCGACCACCCACAGCUGAAGGAAACCAGGACACUAUUGAUCCUCAAGAGGGCCAGGGUGCUGAAAGAAGCAAUGAAGGCCCACGAGAGAAAAGUGCUGAUCAUGUCAAGCCCGUGGUACAGAAUACGGCUGAUUAUCGGUCGAAAGAUCAGCCUCGGGCAGAUUAA